AUGGCAGAGAAUAAGCGCCAGAGCUCCGGUGCUAAAGGAUCUCGAGGAUCAUCGGGCAACGCAACUGGGCCCAACAUGGCGACCGAUAUGGCGUCCUUGGAGACUGCCUUGAGUGGCGCAAUGGGUGCUCGCAUUCGGGUCACCGUUGGUCCUCCAAUCUCGACUACUUACGAGGGCAUGCUCGUCGCCGCGGACCCCAUCUCCAGUAUCGUUAUCAUUAACACCCGUCCCCCUCCCUCGACCGCAGACUCCAAGGAGGCAUGGAACGGAGAUCACCAAAUGUUUCCUAUGUCGAAGGUCCAGUCCUUCCAGCUUCUCUCCCUUCACCCGUCGGCCUCGAACCCGACCGACACCCCCUUCACCGGUGCCUGGCCCCCGAUCUUCCCGCUCGACAUUCGUGCGCUGAAGGCGCGCGAGGCCAAAGCUGUUGCUGAAGCACAGGAGCGCGAAGCCCGUCGGGGUAAAGGUGUUACUCGUGAGGCACAGGAACUUUUUGACGCAUUCGGCCGGACCAUGCCUACCCGGUGGAGUGGUUCUAACAUCAUUGUUGCGGAUGCUGUGACCAUUGCUCCGCCCUAUCGUGUUGAUGAUUGCCGCCCUUUGGUUGAGAAUGACACUGCUGCUCUUGCCCGAGUGCGUAAGGUGCUUGAGAUGGAGCGAAAGAAGAUCGAGCUCCGGAACGCCAGUGCCACCAUUGGAUCUACCAGCACCUUCGCCCGCAACUCCGGCGACCAGCGCAAGGGUGGCUAA